AAACAUGGCUGCUGCCGCCUGUCUGCUGACUGAAGAUCAGUUUCUGUGCGCCAUCUGUCUGGAUGUGUUCACCGAUCCGGUCAGCACGCCGUGUGGACACAACUUCUGCAAAAACUGCAUCAAUGAACCCGCUGACGCCGACGUCCCGUUCCAGUGUCCCCUCUGCAUGAAGAUGUUCUACCCAAAGCCCGAGCUGCAGGUCAACACUCUGAUCUCUGAGAUGGUCGAGGCCUUCAGACAGAAACUGGUGAAGAUGGAGGCUGAACUCCAGCAGACGAUCGAGGAGAUGCGACUGAAGAUUGAGGAGCUCAAACGCUCAGUGGAGCUCGGUAAAGAGGACGCAGACAGAGAGAUGGCAGAUGGUGUUCAGGUCUUUGCUGCUCUGAAGGAGUAUGUCGAGAAGCUCACGGAGGCCAUCGGAGAGAAGCAGAGACAAACCGAGCUGCAGGCUGAAGGCUUCAUCAGAAAGAUGGAGCAGGACAUCCGUGAGCUGAAGAAGAGGAAGACGGAGGUGGAGCUGCUCUCUGUGCUUCAGCUGGAGGAGCCGCUCUCUGAGGAGAUGAAGGAGAAAGUACCCAAGAUGCUCGCCAGGUUCGAGCUGAGGCGGGUCCAGAGCUACGCAGUGGACGUGACGUUUGAUCCAGACACAGCAAAUCCUUACCUCGUCCUGUCUGAUGAUGGGAAACAAGUUCACGAUAGCGAUGUGAGGCAGAAGCUUCCAGACAACCCAGAGAGGUUUUCUUACUGCAUCAAUGUUUUAGGAGAGCAGAGUUUCUCUUCAGGCAGAUUUUACUUUGAGGUUCAGGUUAAAGGAAAGACCGAGUGGACUGUGGGAGUGGCCACAGAGGCGACCAAUAGGAAGGCUCAAAUCACACUGAGUCCUCGGGACGGUUUCUGGACUGUGAGGCUGAGAGGCGGAUACGAGUACAAAGCUAAGGCUGACCCUGAUGUCGCUCUCUCUCGCCGGUCUGGUCCUGAGAAGGUGGGGGUGUUUGUGGACUACGACGAGGGUCUGGUCUCCUUUUAUGACGUAGAUACUGCAGCUCUGAUCUACUCCUUUACUGGCUGCUCCUUCACUCAGAAGCUCCACCCAUUCUUCAGUCCUGGUCUGAAUGAUGAUGGUAGAAACUCUGCACCGCUAAUCAUCACCCCCAUUGAUUAGACCGGCCCCACAGCACCAGAGUAAUGAGGUCAGGGGUUAUGAAGGAAGGAAGGCUCAGGGUUGAGUAACCAGCAUCAUGGGCUCAUCCGAUUAGAAGAAUAAGCAGUCAUCGAAUCAUUCACAGGCUUCUCCUUUUAUUCUCAAAUCAAUAAAGCAAAGAAGGAAAGACACACAUGGACCACCAAUGCUGAAAGAAAACAGAUUUAAGUUACUCAUUACCUUAAACAAUACAUAAAAUAAAAACCCAAACAGAACCUCACCUCUGCUGCCGCCCCGUGUGGGAGUGAAGAAAGAAAUGCAGUCCUUAUAUGUGUGACAGGUGAGUGCAAUUAAGGACCAGCACCACACCCAAUCAAAGGUGAGAGAACUAAA